CGUUCUAUUUUUAAUAAUGCUUCACUGAACAGCAAUUAUGUUAGUUGCACUAACACUAGAAAAGUGUACUCCAAAAAUGUGUGAAUUAAUGUAGUUUCAUAAGCACAUAAGAACUGUAAUAUCUCGCAAAACAACUAAACUAAAACAGCAGUAAUACACAUGCAAGCGUUAUGCGUCAGUGCGCGUGUGAACACGGGGGCGCGUCGGGGCUUUCAAAGAAUUUGUCUGCGCGCAAUGUGCGCGCGCAUACUGUCUCGCGCGCAUUUGCUCGUGCAUUGGCAAACGAGAGCGCGCAUUCUCUAAGAAAGUAGUAAAAACCCAGACUCAGGAUUAAUGGGUUUCCUAGAUCGUGGCUAUUGUUGUGUUUAUGUGUCCAGUUGAUGUGUUGGGGGAUCUUCAGCCGAGGGCCGGUCAAACAAUAAAGGAAGAACCGCAGAAGGACUCACUGUCACUUUGUUUGAGGUACUGGCUAUACUAACAAUCUACGGAGCAGUGGGCAACCUGACCAUAAAUGCGUAAAUAAACUAGCCAGUCCCAGAAAGUGAGGCGUUCCUCUCGGACUUUUUUCGAUCAAUCACACAGACAGUGGCUUCUUUUGAUUAAACCCCAAAUUGUCAUUGGACAGAGGUAAUCAUGUGACAAGCAAUACGGUCCAAUUUCAACCUUGUCUCCAUGAAAGCAAUAGUUUAAUGGCACCGCGGUCCCCAUACGGCCGUAAUCAGCAAAAUAGUUUUUUUUUUUUUUUUUUUUUAACCCGGCACGGUAUUUCACUUUAUCGUCACAAAUCUGUGAGCGACGAAUUUGGAAGACUUGGAGGAGAUGAAUUACGAAUUCGAGCGAGAGACGGGUUUUAUCAAUAGUCAGCCGUCGCUCGCUGAGUGCCUGACAUCUUUUCCCCCUGUCGGUGAUGCAUUUCAAAGUUCAUCAAUCAAGAGCUCGACGCUUUCACGCUCGACACAGAUUCCUCCUCCUUUUGAGCAGACCAUUCCAAGCCUGAACCCCGGCAGCCACCCUCGCCACAGCCGGCCCAAGCAGAACCCUAAUGGCUUAUGUCCGCUGCCAGCCGCAUCAUUACCCCCAGAGUACCCUUGGAUGAAGGAGAAAAAAGCAUCCAAGAAAAACCAGACAACUUCGACAGCAACAACCACCACCGACCCUGGUCCACUAUACUUCUCCCCUCAAGGCUCGCCCGAGAUUUCUGAUGGUGGCACUGGGGCAACUCGCCGACUCAGAACGGCGUACACUAACACUCAGCUGCUGGAGCUGGAGAAGGAGUUCCACUUCAACAAGUAUCUCUGUCGGCCAAGGCGUGUGGAAAUCGCCGCUCUGCUGGACCUCACCGAGCGGCAAGUCAAAGUUUGGUUUCAAAACCGGAGAAUGAAACACAAACGGCAAACGCAGUGUAAAGAGAACCAUCACGGCGAUGGAAAACCACCGAGUCUGGAGGAAGCGGGCGGACGGGGUGAUGGGAAAUCUUUUUUCGAACAAGUGGCAAACAAUGUAUCAGGGGCGCUUUUGGAAAGAGAGGGUUAUCCAUUUCAGCAGAAUACCUUAACUUCUCAACAGUCACAGAAUGGACACAAUGGUGAUUCCCAAAGCGCAACUGUCUCGCCUUUAGGUAGCAAUGACAAACAUCUGAAACAUUUUCCCAACCCGUCACCCACUGUUCCUAUCUGCGCCUCAACAAUGGCCCCGGAUUGUGCAUCUGCUCCGGACAAUGGCAGUCCCUCGGCCCUGGACGUCUCUUUACAGGACUUCAGCGUUUUCUCCAACGACUCCUGCUUACACCUCUCAGAUGCCGUGUCCCCAAGUUUGUCAGAAUCUGUAGACAGCCCCAUUGGUUUAUCUACGGAGGCCUUUGAUUUCUUCUCUGAGACGCUUACAACAAUCGACCUGCAACACUUGAGCUACUAACUCUAACUGAAGUUUCAUUAUAGAGACGUCAAUAUCUUUCUCACAUUGAUGGUCGGUGUUUUUAAUUGUGACUUUAAAAAUAGGCCUAGACCAUUGAUCAAUGAGGUAAGUUUUUCAAUAAUCGAGUGAUCAUUUUUGUUUACAGAGAAAAUAUGGCAAGAAAAAAGUGAUAUUUUUCACGUUUUAUUUUUGUAUCGUUCGCCGGCAAAGCGCCAUAUUUUCAUAGAAUAAAUUUGUACUUGUUACUGAAAAUAAAAGCGGUGUUAUUUAUUUCUUCAACACUUGGAUUAAGAAAU